AUGGAAGAGUCAAAAAUAACAAUGGCCCCGAGUUCCCGGCGUCUCUUCAAUGAGACAGGGGUGCGAAGAAUCCCCGGGCGGAAAGUACUUAGGUUAGGAACAUGGAAUGCACGUAGCUUAAAACAAGACGGAAAACUUAGCAACACCUUGAAGGAAAUGAAGAGGCUAAGAAUCGAUAUUCUUGGUGUUAGUGACACUAAAUGGCCAGGGCAGGGCAAAACGCUCACUGAAGACGACUACAACUUGUAUCACUCAGGAUCAGAGCACUCGACAGAAAGAUACGGUGUAGGUGUAUUGCUCACGAAAGAAAUCUCAAAAUACGUUAUAAAUUUUAUACCUCUUUCUAAUCGAGUCAUGCUUAUAAAACUGAAUGCUAAACCUAGCAGUAUUAAUAUUAUACAGGUGUAUGCACCUACAGAACAAAGACCAGAAUCGGAAGUUGAAGGUCUAUACAAAGACAUUGAAACCUUAUUAAAAACCGCAAAACCCCACGAGAUAACUAUAAUAAUGGGUGAUAUGAACGCAAAGGUAGGUUCUACGGUAGUUCCAGGGGUGACAGGUAGAUAUGGCUUAGGGACACGCAACGAAAGAGGCGAUACCUUAAUCGAAUUUUGCCAAGAAAAAGAUUUUGUUAUUACGAAUACCCUCUUUCAGCUACCGCCACGUAGACUUUAUACUUGGACUUCACCCAUGCACACCCCGAAUCACAUAGUGCGCAAUCAGAUUGACUAUGUAAUGGUCAAUAAAAGAUAUCGCAACAGUGUUAUAAAAGCUCAAACAUAUCCGGGAGCAGAAUCAGGCCACAAUCCAGUUGUAAUCGUUUUACGAUGUAAACUAAAGAAAUUGUGCUUAAAGAAAACGAAUACCCGACCCAACGUAAGAAAACUUUUAGAUCCGGAAACCCGAGCAACAGUAUCUAAUGACAUAAACGAAUGGGCCACACAACAACGUAAUGCUGUGGAGAUCGAUCUAGAUAUAUGGACUAGCCUCAAACAUAAGGUAAAAGAUAUCUGCCAUAAAUACCUGCGCCCGUCACAUAAUGUAAAAAAGCAAGAUUGGAUGACGGAUUCAAUUCUGCAGCUGAUGGAAGAAAGAAGAAUGUAUAAAUCCGUUGACGUAAAGCGCUACAAACAAAGAGACCAUACUAUUCAAAAAGAAAUAAGAAGGGCACGUAGCAGCUACUAUGAACAAAAAUGCGAGCUUAUGGAAGACCUGUUUCGGAAACACGAUAGCUUUAACAUUCACAAGCAUAUUAAAGAGAUGGUAGGCCAAUCUGUUCCCUUAUAA